GUUAGUCUGUACGCGACGCGGUGCCAAACCGAGUUACACCGGAGAUGCGGGAGAAUUUGCGGUUUUGCGCGGUCCUGACGGCGAUCGUCGUUUUUACAGGGUGUUUGGAAACCGUUUGGAGUAUCAUGGAUCCGAAUAUAGAAAUUCCUAAAUUCACCGGACCAAUCCUGAACAUAACGGUGCCCGUUGGAAGAGAGGCUCAGCUGGAGUGCGGAGUCGACAGUUUGUCAACCUUUAAGGUUGCUUGGCUAAGAGUUGACACGCAGACCAUACUAACUAUUCACAGCCACGUCAUUACCAAAAACCAUCGGAUAGCUGUGACACAUGCCGAGCACAAGCUUUGGUAUCUACAUAUUAGAGAUGUGAGAGAAAGUGACAGAGGAUGGUAUAUGUGUCAAAUCAACACAGAUCCUAUGAAGAGUCAAGUAGGAUAUCUAGAUGUUGUUGUGCCACCCGAUAUUCUGGAUUAUCCCACAAGCACCGACAUGGUUGUGAGAGAGGGUUCUAACGUUACGAUGAGAUGCGCUGCGACAGGAUCUCCAGAACCUACGAUAACUUGGAGGAGGGAAGGAGGGGAAUAUAUACCCAUUGGGACAGGCAAGGAAGUGCCAUCGAUAGAGGGAACCACGUUCAACAUAACAAAGGUGAACAGGUUACAUAUGGGUCCAUAUCUGUGUAUAGCCUCCAAUGGUGUCCCUCCUUCAGUGAGCAAGCGGAUAAUGCUCAUUGUACAUUUUCCACCGAUGAUAUGGAUUCAGAACCAACUAGUUGGAGCUAUGGAAGGUCAACAAAUAACACUGGAGUGUUACUCAGAAGCAUAUCCAAAGUCGAUUAAUUACUGGACAAAAGAAGGGAACAUGAUUGUCGAAGGUGCCAAAUAUGAACAAACCCUGGACAAUAACGCCUACAAACUACACAUGAAGCUGACCAUAAAAUCAGUCAAUAAAAAUGACUAUGGUUCCUACAAAUGUGUAUCAAAAAAUUCACUUGGAGAAACGGAUGGUACCAUCAAAUUAUAUCACAUACCUUCCCCUUCAACGGUGAGGACAACAACAACCACGACACCUGCUCCUAUCAAAUUGAUUCUGGAUAAAGCUGUCGGCAAACAGCGCACCCGUUUAAAAGAAUUAAGCUCGGCUCAAAGCAGCAAUGAAAUAUCCGAACCUGCAGUAACGGAGAGGGGAAAAGAUCUCAGACUCAGGAGUAAUCCUAGCAAAGUAAGCGUUGAAGAAAACCUAAGCAAUAUUAAUGAUUACUCCCUUCGUUCGACAAACAGUGGCGAUUUGUCAUCAUCAACAUCGUCCUAUAUCCUGAAGACAGUCCUUGUGGCAACAUCUCUUAUGUGGUGCAGGGUGUAAUAUAAUGUAAAAUAGCAUAUUUUUCUUAAAGAUGAUUUAUUUUGAACAUGAUCCUUUUUGAGCUCUUCCUCUCAGUUUUUCACGAAUAUAAUAAUUUUGUGUCCGCUGUUGUAAAGAAUCAUUAAGUAUUUUUAUAAAUCCCUAAGAACUUACUUAUAUUUAAUGCUGGUAAUGUAUGAUAGACCUAUGAUGUUCAUUCUUCCCUGUAAUUUAAUUUAUUCGUAAUCAUAAUUGUACAUAUUGUAUUUAUUAAGACAAUCUAGAUAGUAAGUUACAAAUCCGAUAAACAUUCUUAGGAUUUGGAGAUCGUGUAAAUAUUGAGCUGUUCUGAAAGAAAGGGAAGUCUAUGAAUUCAAAAUCAAUAACUACAAUCUGCUCUAGCAUUAAUUUUUUUAUAUCACACUAUUUAUAUUUCCUAUUAUGGAAUCCAUAACUAAUGAAUUCGAAUCAUUUUCAAGCGUGAUAUGAACUGAUGAGUAUCUAUAAAUACCUAAUGUAUUUUUUCCGGAGUACUGACGUUUAUCAACGAAGUUUAUCGGUUAUAGAAUUGUACAGAGUAAAUAAUUUAUGAGUAUAGUUGUUUCCAUCGGAAAUGGUUGAUAGUUUCUUUUUUAAAGAGAAAAUGACAAUGAGGUACAAUUUAUGUAUUAGUUGUAAAUUAUAUGUUGAGUAAAACCAAAAAGGUUGAAGCUGU